AUGGUUGAUCACGGAGGCCAAGAUGAUCUCACUGCUGCAAUGGCGCUUAUGCAACAACAGAUGCAACAGACCAUCAAUGCACAAGAAGCUGCUCGCCAAGCAGCCGCCGACCUCGCUGCUCAGCAAAAGAAAACGUUUAACGGUCUCGCGGCUGAAAUCCCUUUGGACCACAUCGAGAACUUCGAGAGAGCCUGCAAUUUCUCUCGCGCGAAUGGAGUGCCACCAGACUACGUCAAAUGCACGUUGUUCCCAUUCUCCUUGGAAGGGAAAGCAGCUCGAUGGCUUGACUCGCUCCCAACCGGUACAUUCACUAAAUGGGAACAAGUCAGAGCAGCGUUCUUAAGCCACUUCUACACGAAGUCCAAAACCGCAGCUCUGAGGCAUAAGAUCUCGAAUUUCAAGCAAAAGACCGACGAACCUUUCUAUGAUGCUUGGGAGCGUUACAAGGAAUAUCGAAGGGAGUGCCCUCACCAUGGGUUUGAGGAUGACUAUAUACUGAAAGUGUUCUAUGAUGGAGUGAGCUAUGAGUUUAGCAAUGCUCUAGAUUCCUCGAGCAAUGGGGAUUUCAUGACCCAAACAACACCUGGUGCAUUCGCACUGAUUGAAAAUAUGGCGUCCAGCUGCCUCAACAAGAACAAGGAGAAUGAUCGCUCCAAAAGCGUAAACAGCACAGACGACCUCGCGGCCAAGGUUGACCAGCUGUUGAAGGGUAAUCAGAGCCAAGUGUUCAUCAUGGAGGAAGCUGCAUCAGAGAACAAUGUUUCAGACGCUACACCUGAAGGAGACAAUACUGUGGAUGAUCAGCAAAAGAACAAUCCUCACCUCUUUGCGUAUCCCAAGGCUGAAAAACCGGUUGACAACGCGCAUAACAGUCAAGGGCAGAACAACGGCUAUCAGAAACCAUACCAGGGAAGAACAUAUGUCCUGAGCCAAGUGCAGCACAACCAGUUCCAGAACCAGAAACAGCAAACUGCUCAACAGACCGCUUCUUCGCCAGCGAUUGCUCCGCAAGACGAGAUAAAUGGUCUAGCGACGAUGAUGCAGCAGUUGCUCCAGGGUCAGCAAAUUCAAGGGAAAGCAUUGAAUCAAGUCACCACGGACAUCAACUCCAGGAUGAACCACAUGUUCAAUGACUUGAGUACCAAAUAUGAUAACGUAGCUAGUCAUAUGUGCCAGAUGGAUGUUCAGAUCGCGCAGACAGCCGAGAGCAUCAAGAGGCAGCAAGGUACUCUACCUGGAAAGACCGAUAAAAACACUAAGGAAUGCAAUGCCAUAGCACUGAGGAGUGGAAGAACCCUACAGGAUACAAUUCCCAAGAAGUUUUCAGCAGCGGAAAAGGGUAAGCGGAAAAGGUCUGCUGAGACUGAUCCAACCCCUGUCGCUCAACCGGUUGAGCCAAUUCCUCCGCGCGAAUACACCCCUAAGGUUCCAUAUCCUGUUUCGGCAAAGACAUCUCGCAAGGAUCGGGAGGAGACCAAGUGUAAAAAGAUGCUAGAGGAUCUAACUAUCAAGUUACCUCUUGUGGAUGCGAUCCAGAUGAUACCUUAUGUUGGGAAAAAAUAUCCCGGUAUCAUUUCCUCCAGCUUCCAGGCAGGACCCAGACCCUCGGGUCCCCGAUAA